GACUCACGUGACCAUCCUCUAUCACACGUGGGUUAGAAUCUUUCCUGUGGCGCGGAAUCGACAGGAGUUCUCUCUCAGGAUUUCAACAGAUCGAUUUGAGCAAGAUGACGUUUUAUUAUCAAAACAAAUAUUAGUAAACGUGUAUGUGGGACAGAUAUUACAGUUUGAAGUCGGAGUUUAGCGCGUGAGUCGCAGGAUGACGCAGAAACAGCCGUUAGAGCUCCGCUUCGUGGCCGAUGAAGAUGUUUUGGAUCAUAUUGUAGAGAAACAGCAAGAUGUAAGAUCAGCUGAUGGACCUGUGCAGACGCUGGUGACCCUGAGAACCCCGCAGAAGUCCAGAAGAUCUGAGACGAGAGAGGAUGAGGAUGAGGAUGAGGAUGAAGAGAUGCUGAAUGAGCAGAACUAUGUGGAUGCUCUGUGCACCGGAUCACAAGAUGAGUCUGAAAAUGGCACAGUCACUGCAGGAUCAUCUGUCUUCUCCUUUCAGACCAUCAAACGGGGCAAUAAAAUGGCUCAAAUGGCAUCUGAAUGGGCUCAAACGCCUGGGAAGAGCGUGACCUUCUGCACAUCAGACACAAACGAGGAGUCGUCCAGCCCGACACGCACCGCUAAAAAAUCAGCCAAUCAGAACAAAACCCCUCAGAAGGGAAAAAAGGUGCAGUUCAUCUCCACCACACCACACCGACUGCGCAAGAGACUGACAGCUCCGAACUUGCGUUCAGACAGCGAGAGCGAUUUCUCCCCCUCGAACUCUGAUGACGAUGAUGAAGAUGCUGAAGAACAUGAGGGGAAGAGGGACGUACAGACCAAAACACCCAGCAAAAAAAACACGUCGGCGGCUGCACUCUAUAAGACGCCCAGUAAAAAGGGCAAGAAAGCAGCAGAGUCUGAUCUGGUGGAGGAGUAUUUUGAAGCUCACAGCAGCUCUAAGGUUCUCACGUCCGACCGGACGCUCCAGAAGCUCCAGACGCCCAAACUGGACCGGGAAACUCUGCUCAGCCUCUUGGAUAAAAACCAGCCACGCUUCUCAGAGGAAAUUAAACAGCUCAAUGCAAAACACGAGAAGAACUUCAACCAGUGGAUGCUGCAGCUGCACAUGGGCUUUAACAUCUUGAUCUACGGUUUGGGCUCCAAGAAGCUCUUGCUGGAGAAGUUCCGCACAUCUAUGCUUUCUGAUUACGAUCAUGUGGUGGUCAACGGCUUCUUCCCCAGUAUGACCCUCAAAUCGAUCCUUAAUUCUCUCACAUGUGACGUGUUCGGACACGAGGGAACUUUCCGUAAUCCUGCAGACCAGAUCGACUUCAUCAUCCGAACUCUCCGAGAAGACCCGAGCAAUCACGUCUUCCUGGUCAUCAAUAACAUCGACGGGCCCAUGCUGAGGGGCGACAGGAACCAGCAGGCACUGGGGCAGCUGGCGGCGCUUCCCAACAUGCACCUGCUGGCCUCCAUCGACCACAUCAACGCUCCACUCAUCUGGGAUCAAGCUAAGAUGAGCAUGUUCAACUGGCUGUGGUACGAGACCACCACCUACCUGCAGUACACUGAAGAGACGUCAUACGAGAACUCACUGCUGGUGCAGCAGACCGGAGCACUGGCCCUCAGCUCCCUCACACACGUGCUGCGCAGUCUCACGCCCAACGCCAGGGGGAUCUUCAGAUUACUGGCAGAGUUUCAGCUGGAGAACAAGGACAAUCCUGCAUACACAGGAUUGUCUUUCCAGGAUUUCUACCAGCGUUGUCGCGAGUCGUUCCUGGUGAACAGUGACAUCACGCUUCGCACGCAGCUCACCGAGUUCAGAGACCACAAACUCAUCCGCAACAAGAAGGGCGCUGAUGGAGUGGAGUAUCUGCUGAUUCCGGUGGAUAACGGCACUCUGACUGACUUCCUGGAGAAAAACGACGUGGAGUGAAACCAGGAAAACCUCAAUGUGUUUAGCUGAAUAGCACUUAAUCUUUCUGAUAAACAACUUGCCAACAUUGUAUCAUAAAUGAUAUGAUACAGAAGGAAACGUGGGGAGUUUGUCUAAACAGAGAUUAAAGGGUUAAAGGUCUCUUAAAGCAACAGUUCACCCAAAAAUGAAGUCAUGCUGAAAAUCCGGAUGUGUUUGUGUCUUCAUCAGGUUUGUGGAAAUGUAUCACUGCAUCAGUGUCUCAUCAAUGGAUGCUCUGCAGUGAAUGGGUGCCGUCAGAAU